AUGCAGCCUGUUGUGGUGGCCUUAGGAGAAGUGCCCGAUGGGACUGUGGUCACCGUGAUGGCUGGGAACGACGAGAACUAUUCGGCAGAGCUGCGAAACGCUUCUGCUGUGAUGAAGAACCAGGUGGCCAGAUUCAAUGACCUGCGAUUCGUGGGCAGAAGUGGCAGAGGGAAGAGCUUUACUUUGACAAUAACUGUCCUGACAAAUCCCCCCCAAGUCGCUACAUACCACAGAGCCAUAAAGGUUACGGUGGAUGGGCCGAGGGAGCCAAGAAGGCACAGACAGAAGCUUGAUGACUCUAAACCUAGUUUGUUCCCUGAACGCCUCAGUGAUUUAGGGCGCAUUCCUCAUCCCAGUAUGAGAGUAGGGGUCCCGACCCAGAGCCCACGGCCCUCUCUGAACUCUGCACCAAGUCCUUUUAAUCCACAAGGACAGAGUCAGAUUACAGACCCCAGGCAGGCGCAGUCGUCCCCGCCGUGGUCCUAUGAUCAGUCGUACCCGUCCUACUUGAGCCAGAUGACUUCGCCGUCCAUUCACUCCACAACUCCCCUGUCCUCUACCCGAGGCACAGGACUUCCAGCCAUCACCGACGUGCCCCGACGCCUCUCAGACUCAGACCCUUGCACACCAGAUGCUCCACCUGCUGCCACUUCUCCACCAACUUCAGAAGAACUCGGGCCUUUCACUGCCCCAGCAUCACCCUCCUCUUCCUCUGAUCCUGGUACUGCAUCAUUUUCACCACCGCUACCCCCUUGCGUUGCAGCCUUGCAUCCCAAACCACCUCCUGUUCCACCACCACCGCCAGCUUCUGCUGGCACAGUUCACCCUGGACUCCCUGCUGUUCCUGCACCGCCUGCCUCUACUUCAUCCCUGCACCCUGGACUUUAUCUUCCAGUCGUCCCACCCGGCAGUGCCACCCACCUCAUCAACUGGCUGCCUUUCUUGGCUUCAGCAACACUCGCCACCAUCCGUGGGAAGGAGGAGGAUCAGCCACCUGUAGGAACAUGCUCCUUGGAAAGCGUGAAGCGAAGCAACAGUGCACCCCCACCGCCUUCCCAUGAUGACAACCACCAUGCUGCACCCGUGGAAGACAGGGCUCCAGAAGAUGCUUCCCUGCCAGCGGCUGCCCACGCCGUGCCCUCGAGCUCUGAGCAGGGAUCAGCAAAUGUGAGUGACAUCCUGGCAGAGCUGCGGACCAUGAACGGCCACCUGUCUGUCAUUGCACGAGCCCUGACACAGCUGGCCUCAUCGCUGGCACCGCAGCAGGGCACACGUGGCACCCCACCUCCUUAGUGCUGGAUGGCCCAUCCUGCUCACCAGGGUGACACUGGCCAGGGACAACCCACGGUGGAGAUGAGGAGGAGGGAGACCCUACACGAUGCUGUCCAUGUGCUCUGUGCUGUUUCAAUGUGC